CCUCUCUUGGAUCGGUGAUGGAAUGAUUCAUCGAUCGAUACAUAGGUGGAUUGGUGUUCCUCCUCCGAACUCCAUCCCACUUUUGGUUUGGCGUUCGAAGCGAAGCGAAACCGAGACAGCGUGCCGAGGCAACACAGGGAACCCGACUCGACUCGACUUCUCCACUCCACAAUGAGCGCCACCCGGAACGCCCGACGCAGCAGCAGAGGCGGCUCUUUUCCCGGCGAACGGACCGGUGGAACCGGAAGAGAGACCGCGGGCCUUUUCCCGGCCAAGAAUGCGGGAACCCCAACGACAACGACGAACACGAACACAAACACGAAACCCACCGCUUCGGGGGCGGGCAGAACAAGGACAAAACCAAAACAAAAACAAAAAACAAAGACCUCCCGGAACCUGACCGACCCCGAGCGCAAGGCCCUCCUCCGCGAGCUCCUGAGGCGCCGCGGGGCCAACGGGAGGCCCGCCCGGGGGGCCCUCAAGGCCGCCGCCGCCGCCUUUGGGACCUCCACGCGGACCUGCUCGAGGAUCUGGGCCUCGGGGGGGGCCUCGCGUAGGCACAGGUGCGGCCGCAAGGCCCGGCCGGAGGGGGACCUCUCCUGCCUGGUGGCCUCCGUCCCGCUGGAAGCCCGGGGGAACCUAAGGGCCCUGGCGGAAGAGACGGGCAUACCCAAGGCCAGCCUGCACCGGUACGUCCGCAAGGGGGUCCUGGAGCACCCCACCCACCUCUUCCGGCCCCUCCUGGGGGACGACCACAGGAAGGAACGGAUCGCCUUUUGCCUCUCCCACCUGGGGGGGGACGGAAAUUUAAACGGAAACGGGGCCUGUGCCUUUGGCCCGAUGAAGGAGGUCGUCCACCUGGCGGAGAAGUGGUUCUUUCGGGACGAGGCGGCGGCGAACGCCUACUUUUUGCCGGCCGAGCUGGAGCCGGGCCACAACGACAGCAACAACGACAAAAACGACAGCAACAACAACAACAACAACAACGCCGGCCCCGAGAGGGUCCUCUUUCUCUGCGCAACGGCCCGCCCGAGGCACGACGCGAGCCGGAACGCCUGGUUCGACGGAAAGCUGGGGAUCUGGCCCCUGGUCGUCCCGGGGGAGGGACCCUGCGGGCCCGGGGAAAAGGCCUCCCGGUACCGGAAGAUCGUUGCCGAAAAGCUCCUGCCGGCCGUUUACGAACGGUUCCCGAGGGACGCCUUCGGCAGCAGCAGCGACGAAAGCAAAACCAACAGCAGCAACAGCAACCACCACGAAAACCACCACAAAGACGGCCCCUUUCGGUGCGUUCUCCAGGAGGACCGCUCCCUGCCCCAUUCGGAAUGCCUGGACCGGGAGGCCCUGGUGGAAGCCGCCCGCAAACACCACUGGGAGAUUUCCUUUGCGGCGCAGCCGAACGGGAGUGCCGAUUUCAGCGUGCCCCACCUGGGAUUCUUCCGGUCCGUCCAGUCCCUGCAGCACAAGCAGCAGCUGAAACAGCAACAGCCGAAACAGCCAGAGCACACCGAAGAGCCGCCGGAGACUCCCACCGAACGCGCCUCGGAAACGCUGAUCCAAGCCGUCCAGAGGGCCUUUUGCGAAACCGGGGACGGGGCCCUGGCCACCAGCUUUCGGGCCCUCUGGUUCAACAUGGAGGACGCCCUCGGCGUGGGGGGGGACAACUCCUACCGGCCCCGGCACCCCGGGAAGCCCAAGAGCCGAGCCACCUUCGGCGACACCGGACCGGUCCCCUGCGACCCGGUCAAGGCCGGCUACGCCCGGCUCCUCCUGGCGAACUCCCACACCGCUACCAGCCGGAGGAACGCUCUGGGAGCCGUGGCAGCCGUCGGGGCUCCGCUCGUCCGGGCCGGGAGCCGCUAGCGGCUAUUCGGUGCCGAUCGUUGGUACCGGUACAGCAACAAAUUGGGACGCGACUAUUCACCCGAAUCUGAUCAGUCAUCCUACUCGACCAGCACAGUUUUGUAAGCAUUCUAGUAACCAUUCUUGUGAUUUAUAAGGAUAUAAUUAGUUGGACACCACGCUGUUCAUCAUCCACGGUCACGGGCAUUGUCGAGAAUAAUGACCAUUCUUUCCCCACCCUCGGUUCUGAAUUUUGCAAAAAUUCUUAUCCCAUAGCAAAAAAGAACCCAAGUUAACGUCUUGGAGAACUUGUGACGAGCUGCUGCAGAAUUUCCUUCGUGUACUUCAGUCGCUUGGCAAUUUCGGCAUUGCAUCCCACCAACUCGUCCGUCAUGUAAUACGUAUUCCGAGUCGUAUUCUUGUCGACAUACGUAAUAUAGCGCUCGUCGGGAGUCAAGAGGACCUCGGUGUGAUCGUAAAACACGAUCUGAACGGUCUGGUCGCUCAAACGGAAGAAAAUUGCGUGCCUCGUUCGAACCCACUUCUUCAGGAACACCAUGCCACUGCCACCGUUGUCACCUACAGGACGGCGCGAAAUAUCUUCGUCUGAUCUUUGGUGUUGCUCGAUCAGAUACUUUCGAAAGUGUCGCAAAAGUGUUACAUAUUUCUCUAAUGAAUCGGGAUAUUUCGA